AUGACUGUUACAUAUACAGCUCGGGUGGCCAAUGCCCGCUUUGGGGGCUUCUACAAGCUGCUGAGCCUAUGGCGUGGGAGCAUCUAUAAGCUGCUGUACAAGGAGUUCCUGGUCUUCUCGGUUUCCUAUUUGGGACUAAGCCUUACUUAUCGGUUUGUCUUAAAAGAAGAUCAGAAACGGAUUUUCGAAAAGGUGGUCAUUUAUUGCAACAAGUAUGCCAAUCUCAUCCCUAUCUCCUUUGUUUUGGGCUUCUAUGUAACGCUGGUAGUAAACCGGUGGUGGAGCCAGUACACCAGCAUGCCAAAGCCAGAUCGCUUGAUGUGUGCCAUCUCUGGAAACGUCCAUGGUGUAGAUGAGAAGGGACGGCUUUAUCGACGGACACUCAUGCGCUAUUGCAGUCUGUCAGCAGUCUUGAUCUUGCGCUCAGUCAGCAUUGCUGUGUUCAAGCGCUUUCCCACCAUGGACCAUGUGGUGGAAGCAGGAUUCAUGACUCGUGAGGAACGCAAGAAAUUUGAAAAUCUCAACACUUCCUACAAUCGAUACUGGGUCCCCUGCAUUUGGUUUACCAACUUAGCUGCACAGGCACGUAAAGAAGGCCGCAUACGUGACAACUGUGCUUUCAAGUUGCUCAUGGAGGAACUGAAUCAUUUUCGUGGCAACUGCAGCAUGCUUUACCACUAUGACUGGAUCAGUGUACCAUUAGUAUACACUCAGGUGGUUACCAUAGCUGUAUACAGCUUCUUCUUUUCUUGUCUAAUUGGAAGGCAAUUCCUCGAUCCAGCCCAAGGUUAUGAAGGACACGACCUAGACCUGUGGAUUCCUGUUUUCACCCUGCUUCAGUUUUUCUUCUACUUUGGAUGGCUCAAGGUGGCUGAGCAACUCAUCAACCCUUUUGGAGAGGACGAUGAUGACUUUGAAACCAAUUUAUUGAUUGACAGGAACUUUCAGGUCUCCAUGAUGGCUGUGGAUGAAAUGUAUGGGGAUCUGCCUCUCCUGGAGAAGGAUAGAUAUUGGGAUGCCUCAAACCCACGAGCCCCCUAUACGGCAGCUACAGUUUUUCUGCUGCAGCAGCCCUCAUUCCAAGGCUCCACUUUUGAUGUGAGACUGGCCAAAGAGGAUAUGCAGUUCCAGCCUCUGGAGGAGAUUGCCGAGGACCUUGAACAGAGCCACCAUGUGCCUGCCCAUCUCUUUAACCGACUGCUGUCUACAGCUCCUACCUCAGGCGGUUUUGGGCGCCGUCUCUCUCUCCUGAAGCGCAAGAACAGCUGUGUUUCAGAGCCAUCAACCACCUACAGCUGCCUUUGUCAGGACAUGCAGACCAUUGACUGCACAUGUACCCCACAUGGCAAUCAGCAGAUGCGCAGUAACAGCAUUCCUUUCAUCCCUGAAGGGGCAGGAGACUCUGGCCAUGAUACCAGCAGCCCAGGAAAGGAAGCCCACAGCCUUCUUCCUGAGUCUCACAUUGUUGAGCUGGGUGAACUUCCUCAGAGCGCUUCGGUCCAGGAGAAUGUUACAGCUGCCCCCCAAGAUCCAGAGCCCCUUGUGGAUACAUCAGUUAAUACAAAUGUUUUGUCUUGGCCUCUGCUAGAACAUGACUCUUCAGACACUUCCUUUCCUCACAACCCAAAGGACGUGCCCAGCAAGGGGGUCAGCUAUCCCCCAUGGCUGCAGAGCCCCAUUGAAGAGGAAAAUAUGGUAUGA